AGGGGCGCAAUAUGCAUGCAUCUUUCACCAAAUCCCUGACCGAACGCCGACGAGUCGUUCACUACUAGGUGACUCUAGCUUCCCUUGCAACCACUUCACCCCGGCCACAAACAUCACCAUGCCCCGCCUGGUCCGUCGCGCGCCGCUGUCUGAGCGCGUCGCUGCCUAUCUCAAUCCGUUGGACUUCCUGCUAUGGCUUUCGGAAGAGCUGAACGGAAAUGACUGGGACGAGUUCCAGCGCGCAUAUGCGCUGCCUAUGGGAAUUGGCAUGAAUGUCGUCUUCAUCAUUGCACGGGCGAACUCAAAGCCGGGAAAGAGCUAUGACUAUGAUGUCUUUGCAGACUCUAAGAGAUACGGGAGCGGUUGGUUCAGCGCUGGAAUAGCUUUCCUCAUAUACCUCCUCACCACUGUGUCAUUCCUUAAUGCCUGGUAUACCUUCUCCCACAAGCGCCAUUACCGCUUGUUCGAACAAUCGGUCGAUGUACCACCAUCCACUCCUUCAGCCCAUCGGGUCCGCGUGGACUCUUCCCCAAUAGCAUCAUCGCCUCUUCGCUUCCUUUCGAACAUGAUGUCAGGCACAACAGCAGAAUCUCGGGCACAUCCCGACGCUGCACGAGAUGUCUGGGAAGUAGCAGUAUGGGAUCCAAAUCCCCUCUGCCUGGAGUUGUUCUGCUGGUUCAGUCCAGUCCAUGUCAUGACAUACUACUUCUUCCUCCCGCUCGCGCCUCUAGAGCCCCAGCCAAUGUCCAAGAUCGCGACCAUGAUCUCCGUAGUUGUCCUUCUCUCCGUACAGCUACAUUUCCUCCGUACAAGCUUCGCACAGCAAUCGAAAGACUCAGCGCUCAUCCAGCGAGAGGUCAUGAAUGAAUACGACACCAAAUUUGUCCACCCAGCCCUCCAGAGACCAGUCCGCGACGUCGGAGUUCAGAUGCCACCACCAAGGCGGCGAGAAUCAGGCCGCGGCAUCAUCACAGAAGUCGACACUUAUACCCCAACCACCAUCAUCAACCGCGGUUUCCGCACAAACCCCAACCCGAGCUACGCCUCCCAAUACGACCCUGAAGAUAACCUCAGCAAGCCGGAACCUCGCAUCUCUCGUCGGUCGUCUAUGACACCUUCGCUCCACAACGCGAACGGAUACUUCCCACCCGUCUCGACAUCCACAUCGACCGCCGAUUUCUCCUCCCCAAUCCGCCCCGUGAAGCAGCUCCCGGCGAUGCGUCAGCCCAAGUUCCGGCAAUCGGACGUUGGAGCUGGAGACGGCGGUAGCUUGGGCGUGUACAGCCACGCUGCGUCGCCGCUCAGGAAAGCGGCUUCGACGAACCAGCUCCACCGGAACAGCAACGGCGAAAGAAGGCGAGACCUGAGUCCCGAGAAGCGCGAAGGGAGCCCGCUGAAGCGGAUGAGCACGGCCGGAGUUGGCGAGGCGAGAGCUACGGGAGCUACGCCGCAGCGGUUCCCGCAGACGCAGUAUGGAGGGCUAGGAGUUGGGCGGAGGGAGAGUGGACGCUUUUAGCCUCAAGGAUGAUGAAGCGGGUGUGGGGCGUUCGAGAGAGAUGGCAUGGGUUGUAUGAUAGUGCGGAUGGCGAUACAGAUACCACAUAUGCAUAGGUUUAGGUGUCGGGCUCUCCUAAUUUAUCUCGUUUCUAAUCUCAUGAUAUACUCAAUCAGCCUCCCAUGUCCCAAUGCUCUCAUCCCAACCUACCCCCUCUCACCCUCUUUCCCACUCAUCCCCCAGCAUCCCACCUUCAAGCACUCCGCCCAUCCACGCCCCGGAUUUUCAACCGCGCUAAAUCUAAAUCGUGGAACUGCCGCACGUUUACGGCUUUUAUAUCCAGGGGCUUGUAGCUUGCGUCAAGGCUUUUCGCGAAGAGGCUGCUGCCGCAUUGCGGGCAGAAGAAGUGUGCGACGCGGGCUUUGGCGAAGGUGU